CCUUUCACUGUCCCAGGUUGCUCCAAGCCCCAGUGUCCAACCUGACUUUGGACACUUCCAGGGAUGGGGCAGUAAAUAAUUUAUUCCUAAUGCAAGACACUAUAUCUGGUAUGAAACCCUUAAAAGUGAAUGAAUUGGUGGUUUGUUGGCUUUUUUUUUUUUUUUAACACUUGCACUUAAGAGCUGCCCAGGCAAGAUUGAUUUUUUUUGUUUUUGCCCCUCUUUGGAAUAGGUUGUGUGCAUUCCAUUAAGCAGAUCCCAGGAGCAGGGAACAUGGGCAUUAUGUUCUGGAUGUUGGAAAACACUUGGGCCAAAAUCCUGUGGAGGAAAGCAAGAUGCUGUAGGUCACUCUCAAAGUUUCUGUCUUCCCCCUUGUACAUAAGUGAGAUCUCUGUGCUGGAACAAGAUAAUGUCUUCAACUCAUUGAAGGAAAGGGACUAUUUGUUCACACUUAUGAUGAUUUGACACAAUUAAUGUCUUAAUAACCAUGAUGGCAACACAGACAUUAAGUAUAGACAACUAUCAAGAUGGACAACAGAUGCAAGUGGUAACAGAGUUAAAAACUGAACAAGAUCCCAGCUGCUCUGAAACUGAUGCCGAAGGGGUGAGUCCUGCCCCCGUGGAAUCUCAGACUCCAAUGGAUGCAGACAAGCAGGCCAUUUACAGGCACCCACUAUUUCCCUUGUUAGCACUAUUAUUUGAAAAAUGUGAACAAUCUACACAAGGCUCAGAAGGCACAACUUCUGCCAGUUUUGAUGUAGAUAUUGAAAACUUCGUAAGGAAGCAGGAGAAAGAAGGAAAACCCUUUUUCUGUGAAGAUUCAGAAACUGAUAAUUUAAUGGUAAAAGCAAUCCAAGUUCUGCGUAUCCAUCUGCUGGAGCUGGAAAAGGUUAAUGAACUCUGCAAGGAUUUCUGUAGUCGUUACAUUGCCUGCCUGAAGACAAAAAUGAAUAGUGAAACUCUAUUAAGUGGAGAGCCUGGAAGUCCUUAUUCACCUGUGCAAUCUCAGCAAAUUCCAAGUGCCAUUGCAGGCACACUCAGUCCCCAAGGGAUCGUGGUGCCAGCAUCAGCAUUGCAGCAGGGAAAUGUAACUAUGGCAACAGUAGCAGGGGGGACAGUGUAUCAGCCAGUCACUGUGGUCACUCCACAAGGACAAGUGGUGACACAGGCACUGUCACCUGGGACUAUUCGGAUCCAGAAUUCUCAGCUCCAGUUGCAAUUAAACCAAGAUCUAGGCAUCUUGCAUCAAGAUGAUGGCUCAUCAAAAAAUAAGAGAGGAGUUCUUCCCAAGCACGCUACAAAUGUGAUGAGAUCUUGGCUUUUUCAGCACAUAGGGCAUCCAUAUCCAACAGAGGAUGAGAAGAAGCAGAUUGCAGCACAAACAAAUCUGACACUACUCCAGGUUAACAAUUGGUUUAUCAAUGCUAGAAGGCGAAUUCUUCAGCCAAUGCUGGAUUCCAGUUGUUCUGAAACUCCAAAAACAAAGAAGAAAACAGCCCAGAACCGACCAGUCCAGAGGUUCUGGCCUGACUCCAUUGCCUCAGGAGUUGCUCAGCAGCAAUCGAACGAGCUCACGAUGUCAGAUGGUGCUGUCGUGACCAUCACAGCCCCAGUGAACAUGAAUGUAGACAGUCUGCAGUCCUUGUCCUCGGAUGGUGCCACCCUGGCUGUGCAGCAGGUGAUGAUGGCAGGGCAGAGCGAGGACGAGUCCGUGGACAGCGGUGAGGACGACGGCGGAGACCUCUCGACAGCAAACAUCAGUGGGCUGGUCCUGGAUAACAGCGACUCUCUGCAGUAGGAAGCCAGAGAGCCUGCAGAAAAAACACUUAGGAAAAAGAAUGGACUGACUGACUGACUUUUUAUAGUUUGCACAGCAAACAUUUUACACAAGUUUUAUUUCUAAUAUGUUUUAUAUGUAGAUAUAGAAGGGUGCACUUUUUUGUAUUUCAUAGUAAGCUUAAAGAGUGUUUUUGCAGGUGCAGCAACUUCUUUCAAAUGUGUUUUGGUUUGGUUUUUUUUUUGGUUUUUUUUUUUUUUCUUUGUUUAUUUUCCUUUCCUUAUUUCAGAAAAUUAUAUCUAGUAAUAUAAAGAACCACGUAAGCACCCCUUUGUUCUCUUAAUUGGAAGUGCUGCAGUUUCUGAUGAAUUAUGCAGUUUCAAUUAGUGCUGUUAUUUAACACAGCUUUUGAUGGGCAGGUGAUGUAAAUUUAAAGCAUGUGACACUAGUGUGUGAAACUUGAUUAUUGAGUUAGAUUCAUAUAUUUGAAAGAUGCUUCUGCACCUUAAAAACUGCUAGUCUGAGGUGGACAGCAACACACAUAAAAAGGAACUGUUGAUGUGUGAUUCAGUAGAGAAUGUAUGGCAAUUUAAAUAAGUUUAGUUUCUCUCAUAGUCCGUGAGCCUGUUUAUCAUUUGCUAUAAAAACUCCUAUUUUUACCUUGCUGGGGUUAUUGGAUAAAAAAAAAUAUUUUUAUAAAUUCACUAAAAAUUGGGAUGACAACUGUAUUAAGCAGGAGGAAAAAAAAAAAAUAAUUUCCAGAGGGGAAAAAUAAAUGUUUAGUAUUCCUAUUUGGAAGGUCUGAAAAUUGACCCAAUUUAAUAAACAAGCCUACAGUAGCAUUCUAUGAUUCUCAGCUAUCCCACAGUGAUAUACUAUAUUUGAUAAUAGCAUAAGAAGGGCCCACUGUUUGAUGGGAUUUUGAUAUUGUCAAACAUUGAUUUAUAUUAUGUGUAAACUAAUAUUCAAAUUGCAUAACUCUGUAUCUAGACUUGUAUCUGAAAAUAUUUGCUAAAUGAGUAUUCAGGUAAGUAAGUUCAAAUACCCACAAGUUUUCCAAUUAUUAGAGAAAUUUAACAGUUUAUAGUUUGUACAACUGAAUCUAAAAAAAUGAAAAGUUGCCUACUAUACAGUCAUGAAUUCUGCUAUUUUAUUGCAUUUGAAAUAUUUUCCCCUAAUACAAAAAGAAAAAUAUAACAUGGAUUUAUGUAAAAUUUCUUCAGAUCUGAAGUUUACUACCAGAAUAUACAGCAGGCUUUGUUAGAGUAGGAAAUCCUUGUGUGUCAUUUAAAAAACAAAGAGCUGGUGAUAAAAACAGCUGGGUUUUGGUUUGGUUUUGUUUUGGGAUUUUUUUUUUUUUUGUUGUGGUAACAGUUCAUUUCUUUCAUUUUCCCAAAGUUUGAAGUCUGUGAUUGUCUAUUCAUGAACACUUGCUUUUGGAACUUUGUAUUUCCCUUUGUUGAGUACAAAUAAGAGACUCAAGAGCCUCAUGCUACGAUCAACACCCUCUUUUGUCCCUGUCCAUUUGUCACAGUGUUGGCUUAGAUCAAAGCCAGAAUUUCCUUCUGAUUCUGACCAAACCUGGGUGUGUUUCUAACAUGACAGGGAGAAAGGUGGUCACCUUUAGAACCUUCAGACACUGUAUUUGAACAAAGCCCUUUGGCAGAUGCAAAUAUUUAAUUGAAUACUUAAUUUCUGCUUCUCAGAGCACUCAGGCACAUGCUGAGGUCCCCUUGAUUUCAGGAGGAUGAAGGAAUGUGCUGCUGGACAUGCUGAAGUGGCUGGAAGCUGGCCAUGGCAGAUUGUCUUCCAAGGCAAGGUUGAGUUGGUAGGAAGAAAAGCUUCAGGAAGAAAUAUCAGUGGCAUUGCCAUACACACAUGGAGAAUAACAGGAGUUUUCGGUGACUGGGAGUUAUUUUUUUGUAAAUGGUUUUUACUCAACACAAGAGGUGUUUCUGCUCUGGCUCUCACUGCGUCCUGGCUGAGGAUCUUCCUCAGUUCUGGUGCUGUCAUGAUCUGCUCCACUGGACUGGUGAUUUCUAAAGAAUUUGUUUUCUUCUGACUUCUCUGCUUUGCCACUAAUGUGCCACGUUUGUUAAACAGCACAGUAAAUGAAUGAUGGAAGAUGAAUUAGGAAGGCUUUGACAUAUCAUGGCUGUCUCAAAGGCUGCUGUCAAAUCCAGUUUGACUUUCAAAGACAAACCAUGUACAAAUCCUGCUCCUUUGGAAGCAUUCAGCCUACUGCCCCUACAAAAAAUAGCUUCGAUUACUGGAACUCAGAUUCUGUAUUUUUGUUCUUAAUUGUUUUUAACUCCAAGAGUGCUGCAUUACCCCCACCACUUCCAUUAAAUAACAGGUUAUGUUUGUUGGUUUGUUUGGGGUUUUUAUUGGAAACAACCAGGCCUCAGGGUUUGCAAACUUCUGAAUGUUUAAUUUUCAGAAAAGAAGCCAUUUUCUAGGGUUUAUUUUAUUUUAAAUUAUGAUUUCCCCCACCUUACAUGCAGCAGAAGUUCUGUUCUUCCAAAACAUGACCUUGUCUUCAGCUACUUUAUCAAUUCCUGGAGACUGAAGUUGACAGAGUUUACUGUCAAAGGGGAAUAUGGAAUAGUUUCACUGUCAGAUUAGAAACAUUAAAAAAAUAUAGGGACUUGAAUUCUUAAAACUGAAAAAGCUUCACCAGUGUAAAAGUGCUUAACAUGUGAAACUCGAAUAUUUUCUUUCAGUUCAGUGAGAAUUCUGUAAUGGGUGUGAACUGCAGGGAAGUGCUUGUUCUUUUCAUUAUUUAAAAGAAGAAAAAACAAGUAGAGUA